AUGGCAGUGAGAAACUUUACCAAAGAUAUCAACCAGAAGGAAAUAGAAGAACUGCUUUGUUCGUCCCAAAUGAAUAUCACGGGAGAAGUACACAACCAACUAAUCUUUCUCUCAGUUUUUAACACCUUUUUAUCCUGUACUGCAAUUCUCGGUAACACCUUGAUCCUUGUUGCCCUUCGCAGAGAGUCCUCGAUCGGUUCGUCGUCCAAACUCCUGUAUCGCAGUCUAGCGAUUUCUGACCUCUGUGUUGGUGUCAUGGCAGAGCCUGCAGAUAUUGUUUAUUUGAUGUCUGUGGUGAACAGCAAAAAUAAUAUUUGCUCUUAUGCCAACGCAGUAAGCUUUUUCACCGGCUACAUUUUGUGCUCAGUGUCCUUGGCUACUUUGACUUCAAUAAGCGUGGACAGGCUUCUUGCCCUUUUGCUUGGGUUGAGGUACAGACAAAUUGUAACUUUGAAAAGAACAUAUAUAGCGAUUGAUGGAUUGUGGAUUUCAUCCAUUGCCGGCACGUCAGUUUUCUAUUGGUAUCCUGCCGCAGGCGCAUGGCUUCUUUACAUAUGUUUACCUCUCUGUCUCGUCAUCACAGCUUCUGUUUACACAAAAAUUUUCCUCACUCUGCGUCGUAACCAAAUUCAAGUACAGAGUCACGUGUCCCAAGCAAUUCCAAACCAGGCGUCUCCACUGAACAUAGCUCGAUACAGAAGAGCAGUUACAAGUGCUUUGUGGAUACAGUUCACAUUGGUUGUUUGUUAUCUGCCGUAUGGUUUAGCAGUUGCUUUAACACCUCAAACAUGGUUUUCCUUAUCUUUUUACCUCGCUAGGCAAUUUACAGUAACUUUAGCUUACUUGAACUCGUCCUUGAAUCCGCUACUUUACUGUUGGAAGAUCAAAGAAAUAAGGCGAGCAGUGAAAGACACCAUAAUACAAAUAUUUUGCUCAUCUUAUUAG